AUGAUGCGCGACCGACCACCUCGCCCUUUUCGCCUCCCUCUCCCGCUCUUCCUCGUCUCCCUCGUCCUCCUCGUCGCCAAUGUUGCGAAUGCUGCCAUCGCCGGGACGCAGAUCCAGAACAUCUCGUCCGACUCGACACAGUUGACAUAUGUCGGUACAUGGCGGUCCGACACGACUGAGGGCAUCUACCAGGCCUACUCGAACGCGUCGGACGCCUCCGUCACCUUCUCUUUCAUCGGCGUCGGCGUCUCCUACCUCGCCGAAAAGAAGGCAGACCGAGGUAUCUGCCAGUUGACCGUCGACGGAACGAUGUACUACACGCUCGACCUGUACAACGACUCGCCGUACUCGAACGGUUUGCAAGUUAUCUGGACGAGCGGGACGCUGCUCUAUGGCGCGCACAACAUCACCAUCUCGCAGCUGGGACCUGAUGCGCGGUUCGGCUACUACCCUUACCUCGUCACCUCGACUUGGUCAGAAGCCGUUCCGACCGACGUUCCCAACUACACCCGCACCCAGACGACCCCGAGCGCGACGCCUACGAAUGACCCCUUCUUCCCGGCCAGCCACGGCGUCAACCGAGGCGCCAUCAUAGGCGGCGUAGUCGGCGGUGUCGUCGCCUUCGGGCUGUUCAGCUUCCUGCUGUACCUCUGGCGGAGCGACCGGGCGAGAAGCAGGAGGAGCGAAGGCGCGCCGGUGCACAAGGUCAAGCGGGCGGACGGCAAGAUGGCGAUUGACGACGAGCCGGAGUCGAAGGGCGCUAUGGGCCCGUACGCAGGCUACGGAGCGGGCUACGCCGGAUACCCUUACGAUCCCUACCACUACAACCCGCACGCUGCUGCCGCCGCCGCCGCAUACGGCUACGCCCCGCCCUACGGUCACGACUCGACGUACAGCGGAGCGAACGGAUGGGCGUACCCUCAGCCUUCCUCGCCUUCGCACGGUCCAGCACCCCGCUCGGCCAGCUCAGCAGAAUCGCACAACCGCCUCUACACACAGCCCGAGCAGGCGCCUCAGUCUCCCGCCUUCUCGCCUCCUGCCGGCGCUGCACCUACCUCGCGAGGAUCCGCCUACGACUCGGCCUACCACUCGGGUGACGGCGCAGCGAGUAACGCCGGCUCGCAGUCAUACCCUUAUCACGUUCAAGGCCACGGCAACGAGUCUCGCGCAUACCCUAUCCCCGAGAUCUAG